AUGUCGAAUAAACCGCAGAGACUGUUGGAAAAAUAUGAGCUGUUAUUGGACCAAUUGGAUUUUGAUUACAUCCGCCAAAGCAACAACGGGCGCGAGGUGGAAAACAUCUUAAAAGUGCUACGUUCCGGAGAAGAAGGAUACUUCCCACAACUAACCGCAUUUGCCGAAGAGCGGCUGAAAUCGUUACGUCCGGACAGCAAACUGCUGCGCAAGGAACAACCCUUAGCCACGCAACACACCAUGCCGGAAGAGCAAUGGCAAAACAUUACCACAAGGCUAAACGAAUGGCAGACCAUGAUGAAAGCAAUCGAAGAGGAUUUACGCUCCAUGCAGGACGAAGUGGAAGAUCCCACAGUACCGCGCAUCCGAAGUAUUCCUGUGAUUGAUCUGGAGCAGGAGAUUCACGUUACAUCAAAGGCAGCGUCUCAGUCGAAAUACAUCAGAUAUUGCGAUUACGACAGAUGGGACAAGUUUGAUGCUGACACAGCGAUGCUAAAGAUGGACCUGGACGAGGAACGUCAUCGGGAGAUGGUGCGGAUAAACAACCAGAAGAAUAGCGAAAUGCCGAAAAUUGUUGAACUUCCACCGCAGGCAAAGCUGUCGCACCAGGAGAAGCAAGUGAUUGCCGGAAAGUUACGGGAAAAGGGUAACGAUAAUUUUCGUGCCAAGGAGUUUAAGGAAGCUGUGGAGGAGUACGACAAGAGCCUGGAUUUGUAUCCUACCGCAGCCUGCUACAACAACCGAGCCAUAGCAUACAUAAAACUACAACGCUAUAAUGAAGCAAUAGCGGAUUGUGAUCUCUGUUUGAUGAUCGAACCGACCAAUCUAAAGGCACUCCUGAGAAAAGCGCAAGCAUUUACAUUGAGCGACAAAAAAAGAGAGGCCUACCAGAUCUACUGUGACGUGCUGCGUUUGGAACCAUCAAAUGCGAUUGCACUGAGCAACACGGCCAACUUGCGGCGUCAACUCACAGACCUGCCGCCACCAAAUGCCGUACGGAUGGCCAUCGAAGAGGUAAGCAAUGCCGAACCGGACAUAGACUUCCGCCAGUUGGUACGUCCGAAGCAUGUUAUCAAAGACAAGCUGCCGGAGAGUAUUAAACAGCUGAAGAAUGAUACCAUCACCUUAGUACGCCAGCAUGCAGAAGCGUUGGCCAAACGCGACACGAAAGAGAUGACCCUAUCUACUGAACCACCUCGACGAAGUACUCCACUGAUCGAAGAAUUGUAG